AUGGACGCGUUGGUAAACUUCACAAACCAAAGUCAAGGCAGGGAUCGUAUAUUCAGGGCAUCCCAAUAUGCAUGUGCACUUUCCAUCUAUUUACUCCGAAACAACACGGAAAGAAAGGACCUUGUGGCCAAACUUAAAAGUCUGGAAACUAACAUGAGUGCUGGACGAAAAUUGCUCAGGCUGGGAAACACAGCUAAUUCCAUUAAGGCUGCUAAGCGAACCGUGCAGCUCUCUGACCGGGUGCUGUGCCUGUGCCUCACUGCGGCCAACGUCAGCCGGGCCCUCUACUUUAUCUGUGACAAUGUGCUGUGGGCCAGGAGUGUCGGCCUGAUCCGCAACAUUGACAAAGAACGCUGGAACCUGAACGCCUCUCGCUUCUACUUCUAUUCAUUACUACUGAAUCUGACUCGAGAUGCUUACGUCGCUCUUCAGCUGAUGCUGGAGAGAAAAAGAGACAGACAUUUCAGGGAGAAAAUGGAUCAAAAUCUUAAUCAGUGUCCUGAAGUAGCUGAAGUUAUCCUUCCCCAGUUGGAUGCCUUUGUUUUCCUGCUUUUAGAAACCCUUAAAUCCCACCCAGCCGUGGCCCUAGACACCCUGAAAAACAUUUGUGAUCUCUUUAUUCCCCUCGACAAGCUGAGCAUCUACAAGUCAAGUGCGGGAGUGGUUGGAUUUUGUGGGCUGGUAUCCUCCCUGAUUGGCAUGGUUACCCUCGCAAAGCCCACUUUACAGAUCAAACCAUGA